AUGGGACACCGGUGGCACCGCCAGCCCCCCGCCGCCAGCCCCGAGCGCAGCCCGGGGAAGGGAGCAGGCGGCACGGCGCUGCCCGCGGCCCCGCUCCUCCUCCUCCUCCUCGUCCUCCUCGCUUCCUCCAUUUCUGCUUGCAAAGGUGCACCAAUGUCAUCCCAAGCGCUUGAUUCAGAUGAGGAUUUGCAGCUCUUGAAAGAGAUAGACAAUGCAUGUUCUGCUUACCUGUCCACAGAUUCUCAGCCUCAGGUGUCCACUACACUGGAAGAACUUUGUUUUUUGGUCAUGGGAUUUCUCCAGAAACCACAGGGUUUAGAUGAGAAAGCCAACACCAAAAGGUUUUUAUUUCAUUAUUCUAAGACUCAUGACUCGGGAAACUCAGACAUCAUGUCGUCUGUCCUGCAUCCUUUACUGCAACUCGUUCCUCAGCUUAAUGAGAGAAGACUGAAGAGAUACAAACUGGACGAAGAACUUCAAGGACCAGGAAUGAUUCAAAGCAGAGGCUAUUUUUUCUACAGGCCACGUAAUGGAAGGAGAUCAGUGGAUUUUCGCUAAGGAGGAUUAUAGAUUCCUGAUCUAGAACUAAAACUGCAGGAAUGCAGAGUACAUGAACAUACUAUUUUCCUUACAAUAAUUAUUCAUUAUUAAUGUACAAUUAGAAAUCACUCAAAUGUAAAUAUUCUUAAACCAGAUUCUGUUAAGAAGGUCUUUACUAUCUUGAUUAUAUUAAAAGCAUAUUAAAAUUAUUUGCUUCCUAGUGUUAUG